CAAUGCGAGGUGGAGUAAAAGAAUGGAAGAGACAGCCAGCUCUGCGGUGUGGUAAUGAGAGGAGGUGGAGGUGGUGUGGAGGGAGGAGGAGGAGGAGGAGGGGGUCUACUGGUAAAGAUAAACAGCCGAGGAACUUCUGAGCCAGAUGAACAUGGCGGCUCCGGCUCUGGACGCUCCUGCCGCUCUAUCCCGCUGACCGACACCUCGUCGACUAAACAUCCCGCACCGCACGCGCCCAUGGCCGCACAACUGUCAGAAAAAACUGACUGACCUUGCAAAGUAGGUGUUUAUCCAGGAUGUUUUGUAUAUGAGUUGCUGAUAAGUGCUGAAGAUGAGUAAUGGUGGGGGGGACACCCCUGAGGCCCCCAGAGGGGAGCCUGUAAAGAGGAAAGACUUUCAGUCAGACCUCCUGGGACCCAGCCCUAAAAGGAAUACUGAGAGACGGAACAGGGAGCAGGAGAACAAAUACAUUGAGGAGCUGGCAGAGCUGAUCUUUGCCAACAUCAACGACAUGGAUGACCUCAACGUCAAGCCCGACAAAUGCGCCAUCCUCAAAGAGACGGUGAAGCAGAUCCGGCAGAUCAAAGAGCAGGAUAAAGCUCCGGUGGCUGAUGCAGAGGUGCAGAAGGCAGAUGUCUCAUCAACAGGGCAGGGGGUUAUUGAUAAGGACACUCUUGGGCCGAUGAUGCUGGAGGCUCUGGAUGGCUUCUUCUUUGUGGUCAACAUGGAGGGCAACAUAGUGUUUGUGUCGGAGAACGUCAGCCAGUAUUUGCACUAUCAGCAGGAAGAGCUGAUGAACACCAGUGUCUACAGCGUGCUACAUGUUGGAGAUCAUGCAGAGUUCAUCAAGAACCUUCUGCCAAAGAGCAUGGUCAACCAUCGCGGCAGUGAUUCAUCCCACAGGAACAGCCACACCUUCAACUGCCGUAUGCUGGUGAACCCUCGCGCCGACGGCGAAGCUCGGCUGGCUGUUGACCAGCAGGACACAGCGCAGCAGAAAUAUGAGACCAUGCAGUGUUUUGCAGUCUCUGAACCCAAGUCUAUCAAAGAGGAGGGCGAAGACUUCCAGUCCUGCCUCAUAUGUGUGGCGAGAAGAGUUCAUGUCAAAGACCGGCCUGUCAUGCCAACAAAUGAGAGCUUCACCACACAGCAGGACCUUCAAGGUAAGAUCACGUCACUGGAUACCAGUCUGCUCCGAGCCUCUAUGAAGCCAGGCUGGGAAGACCUGGUCCGGCGCUGCAUCCAGAGGUUUCAUCUGCAGAAUGAUGGGGAGAUGUCCUUCGCCAAGAAGCACCAGCAAGAAGUGUUGAGGAUUGGCCAUGCGCUCAGCCCUCUUUACCGUUUCUCCCUGGCAGAUGGAACCAUCGUCUCAGCUCAAACAAAGAGCAAACUGAUCCGAUCUGCAGCCACCAACGAGCCCCAGCUCUACCUGUCUCUGCACAUCCUGCAGAGAGAAAACAUCAGUGGCAUGACUGCAGACAUGCCCGGCAGCCAGGGCAUAGCCAAGCCAAUGACCCCAACCAGCAUGAGCGGACCCUCCCCUUCACCUGAUGCCAGUGUCACCAGCAACACCCACCACUCCACAGCAGCUUCAAGCACCGCUGGACGUGGUUUUGGGGCUGUUUCAGGACGGGCAACCACGCCUCAGGGAAACUGCCAUGCACUCAAGCCAGGCAGCCCUUGUGCCCAGGGUAGCCCGAGCGUGACCUCAGGGGCCCAGAGUGCCAUGUUGUCCCCAUGUCAUCGCCAGAGCCCGAGCUGUAGCAGCCCUCACCUUCCCCAACAGCCGUCUGGCUCUUUCUCUCCUGCAGCCAGCCUCCAAUCGCCAUCGUCUGUGUGCAGCAGCACAGGAAACAGCCAAGGGUUUAACUCCCUUAGCGCACUGCAAGCUCUAAGCCAGGGCCACAGGAUUUCCCAGGGACUCACCGAGGGACCGCAUUCAGAGUCACCUGACCGAAAACCAGUUGCCCUUCAGAGCCCCCUUCAUAGCACCAACACUGGAAGCCAACUAGCCAAGAGCAACCCCAGUUUAGAGGCUGACUUAUUUGGAACUUUUGAAGAGCAGGAAGAACUGUUGUCCUCCCGCAACCAAGAGGGUGCUCAGGGGGAGGGAAAAGACAUUGAUACUGAAAGCUUGGGAGGAAAUGGAAUUCUCGGGGACCAUGGUGAUGCCCCAAACCACCAUCUGAACACCAAAGGUCAAACCAAACUGCUCCAGCUCCUCACAACCAAGUCAGAACCCUCUGAUCCCUGCUCACCAUCAGGGACCCUGGGGGAUGACCAGAACUGUAAGGACCAGCUUGGUGGGGCUGGGGGUGUAGGCGGGUUGGCACAUCACAACCAGACCACCUCUUUAAAGGAGAAACACAAAAUUCUUCAUAGGUUGCUGCAGAACAGCACCUCACCUGUGGAGCUGGCCAAGCUAACAGCCGAGGCAACUGGAAAGGACCCCAUUGGUCCAGAGCCUGCUUCGGGGGAUAGCAUGGCUGCUCUGGGUGAACUCUGCAUAAAGCAAGAGCCAGGGAGCCCCAAAAAGAAGGACAAUGCAUUGCUUCGCUUUCUUCUGGACAGGGAUGAUAACAGCAUUCUGGAUAAAGCCAUCAAGGAGCCUGUCGAUGGACUGAAGCUGUCCAAUGUUAAGACUGAGAAGCAAGAAGCAGCUUUCACCAUGGCAGACCAGACCAGUGAGCUUGAGGACCUGCUGGAGGACCUGCAAAGUGGCGGCCAGCAGCAGCAGCAGCUGUUCCCCAGUCAGCCACCAUCCUCUUCAUCUUCUUCCUCUUCUGUGCCACCUGGCUCCUCUGUGGACAAACAGGCCAUCAUCAAUGACAUCCUGCAGAUGACUGACAGCAGCAGCAGCAGGAGCAACUCGCCCGGCCAGCACAGAGCCUUCCCUCCCAUCGGUCCUGCAACAGGUUUUAAUGGCGCCAGGCCGGGCCAGCCAGGUCAAGGCGCUCCUCCAGUCAGGAGCAUGUCUCUGGAUGGCAGCAUGGGCCCCAGUCCCACCAGGUCGUUCCCUCCUCAGCACAGGAACAGCAGCCCCUACUCCUUACUGCAGCAGCAAGGCAUGCCAGGAUCCCACAACAGCAUGGCCAACACAGGCAUCAGGGGUAACAUGCAGCAAGGCUGGGGUCCCCAGGGCCCCAUAGGGAGCACUGCAGGGUCAAUGAUGGGGCAGGGGGUUGGUCGCAUGGUCCCCAACAUGAAUCCUGCACUCCCUGCAAGAGGUGGUGGCCCACCUGGAUCCAGAACCAUGGUCAACAUGCAAAUGAUGGGCAAUGACAUGGAGAUGGCAGCGCCGCCAUACCACCAUCAGCAGGCUCCGCCCAAUCAGACUGCGCCAUGGCCAGACCGAAUGCUGAUGGAUCAUUAUGGGAAUCAAACCAGGCCACCGUACGGCAUUCCCCAGGAGGAAGGGGUCGGGUGUUGUGGGGCGGGGCCUGAGGGCCAGCCUGAUGAAGGAGCUCUCCUAAACCAGCUCUGCUCAGUGCUUAAGGACUACGAGGGUCUGGAGGAAAUUGACAAGAUGCUAGGAAUCCCCACUCUGGCAGGACAGGGUCCUCUGUCAGAGCAGGACCAGUACUUGGGUUCCUCCGACCCUUCUGCCAGCCUGAAACCUCCUCUCUACAGUCAACACUACAGUGGUCAGCCAGGUUAUGGCGGCAUGCCUCCUGAUAGUGGUUACCAUGGUGCAUCCAUGGGUGGCCACAUGGGACCUCAGAGGAUGGCACCUGCCAGUUACCCCCCAAUGAUGAGGAUGCCUGGUGUGGCAGGGCCUAGGCCUGCUAGCAUGAGACCAGGAGGGCCCAAUCCAGUGGUCCCCCAACAGCCCAACAACCUGAGGCUCCAGCUGCAGCACAGGCUCCAAGCCCAGCUGAACCGUCAACCAAUGGUGAAUCAAAUGGGUGGAGUUUCCAAUAUAAAUCUACCUCUACGGUCUAAUGUACCAACCCAGGGAACUCUCAACGCCCAGAUGCUGGCCCAGCGUCAGCGCGAGUACCUCAGCAACCACCUGCGGCAGCGGCAGCAGCAGCAUCAGCAUCAACAACAUGUGCAUCAGCAGCGUGCCAUGAUGAUGCGGACUCAGGGCAUCAAUCUGCCUCCUAACAUGCCCAGCGGGGGUGCCGCUCCUACACCGAUGCCCAUGGGCAGCACCAACCCACGGCUACCGCAGGGCAACCUACAGCAGUUCUCCUACCCGACCUCCAGCUACGGUACAGGCCUGCCCUCUCCUCCUCCACCUCAUCCUCCUCAUCCUGGCUCCUCCAGUCCCUUCUCCUCCCCUCUCUCCCCAAGUCAUCUUCUAGCCAGCCAGAGCAUGAUGGGAAAUAUAGGCGGGCAGUACAGCGGUGUAAUGAGUCCGCCAUCACAGCACAGUGCCUUCCAGUUCAGCGGUUCAGGAAUGAGCCAGCAGCAGCAACACCAGGAUUCAGUGUCAUGCUUCCCAUGUGGAGCUGCCACCCCACAGAGCCCACUUCUGUCCCCUAGGAUGGGGCAGGUUCAAGGCCCUAUGAUGCAGCAGAACCAGGGCCAAACCCAGCCCCAGGCUCCCAUCCAGGGAGGACCCCACAGCUACCAGCCUAGUACCGAUCCCAACGGAUGGUCGCAACCUGCUAAUAUCUCCACCAGCAACAGUGUGUACCCCCAACAGUCCCAGUCUCAGUACUCCACACAACCCAGUGGAGGAAUAUACAACAACAGCAGCAACAUGAACUUGGGAGUUGGCAUCGGCAGCAGCAGUGGCAACAUGAACCCAAUGUCGGGGCAGAUGAGCUCCAUGAAUGACCAGGUGAGUGACAGCAGCCUGAUCCUGGAGCAACUUGCAGGAAUUGACAUGUUGACACAAGAUGGUGAUGUCAAUUCUAAUUUCUGCUGACCACGGUUUUGGUUGAGACAAGGUUACAGAGGAAUCCUUACAAAAGAAACAGACACCUACUUAACUUGUGGAGAAGUAUGAAGAAGUUGAAGAAAACACUGCCCCUUCUAUCACACCAGCUAACUCAGAGGCACUACAGGAGAAGGUCAACCAAGACAUGCAAAACCCUCUGAUCUGCAGUCACACUGGUCUAGAUCCUUUUCAUGUUUUAUGCAAAAAGGAAAAAAAGACAAAGUAAUAAAUCACAAAAUUACAGGGAAACUGCCAUCUGAACCAUCAUAACAAGCAAAGGCACAAUUGUAUGAUAAUCGUGGAGCUUUUAGGGACACAUUUCAGUUAUUAACUAUAGCUUAUACUAUCAUUGAUAAAUAAUCUGUACAUGUUAUGUCCUAUUUAUCAGAGCAUUUACUCUAAACAUGCACCUGCAUAGUGAAACAAUCAAGUAAAUGCUCUGAAAGCAAAAUGCAGUCAUGUUUACUCGUUAAAGAGUACAUUUCCUUUUAAAUUAAGUAUUUUCCACAUGCAUUGACUAAAAUUAGUUUAAUGUCUGAAAACUUCAGAUUUAUUAUUAUUAUUUUUUUUUAGAAUAUCAGGUUAUAUGCGUUUUUUUUUUUAGCUACUGAGCUGUAUAAUUUCACAAACACAGGAUUUUUACCCACAGAUGUUAGUGGCACUUACAUAAGAAAAAAAAUGAAUAAAUAGGUAAACACUGGAAUUUGAGGCAAGAAGCUGUAUGGCUUUUAAACCACUUGCAGUAAAACUAUCUCUGUUUCUGGGAAGUGAACAUAACCACUGUGAACAACACCUAUUGCUAUUUGGAAGCCUCAGCUUAGCUGUAUAGAUCUUUUUUGGAGUUAGAAGCUCCAUAAACAGAAGCACACCAAUCAGAACAAUAAAUCCAACUAAUGAAAAUUUAUCAGUGGUGUUGCUCUGUCAGGUACUUCUACACUGGCUCUACUUUUAACAAGUCAUAAUGUUGUAUUUUAUGUGCAGCUGAUGAACAUGGAUGUUUGCUGUAAGAAUGUGUUGUGGUUUUCCCACUAAUCACCCAGCUGUAAUCGUCUCUGAGGCAGUGUGUUGAUGAUGGACUAACGUUUGUGUCUGUUGUGUGUGUGUAUGAAGCUGAAACAAAGUUUGACACUGUAGAGAUAAAUUAAAUGAAACCUCUAGAUUUUAUCUCAUGUGGUUCUGCUCCAGAACCUGACUGAAGAUGAUGAUGAAAAAUCUGUUAAAAUUUAGUUAUUUAUAGUUUGAAGAAAUUUUAGAGAUUAUAAAUAAUUCAAGAUUAUCUAAGAAAACCUCUGAAAAUGGUACUCAAUGAUUUUUAAAUUAAUAUAUUUAAACUAUAGUUACAGUACAGGGGACUUGCAUCCCUAUUUAAAAGAGAUGCAAGUCUGCUGUUAAAGUCUGCUUUUUGAAUGAAGGUGAAAGUGUAUAGAUAGUGUACAUAGAUUUUUGGUAUCCUAUUUGUUUUCCUAAGUGGUAUUGUAAAGCAGCAGUUUGGAGCUCAGUAAACAUUAGCAGAAGCAGACCAGAAAAAUGUCACUGGUUAAAUAUAAUGGCUCUUUUAGCUUCAACAAAAAAUCUGUUGAAAUUUGGUACAGUCUGACUCAGUUGUACUGUACUGAAAGUUAGCAUGCUAACACCCCAAGUUAGAUUUAAAUCUUAUUUCUGUUAAUUAAUAGUGUAAAGGCACUGUUAGCACACACAUUAGCACAUAGAAAGCAUAAAGGUUUUUGUUCUUGGUGGCAAAUAGUAGCUUUACUUCCCCUUUAGCAAUUUGGGUGUUAGCACAUUAGCAUUACAGCCCUGUUUUGCUGGUGUAGCUGCUAAUACAUGUACAUGUACAUGGUAACAUAGCUGUUAGCUUGAUGUUAUUCUUGUUUGACUUACUUUCAGACCACAUUUUCUGGAGAAACUUUUAACUAGUGACAUUAUUUCUGCCUUCAAAGCAGCUUUGUCUUUAAACGUGUGUGCAUCCAAUAAUACAACAUGCUAAUACAACUUAUUUCAAAAUGUGGGCCUGCAGGAAUGAUUCUUUCAUUACAUGUACUACCUAGCUUAACUUUUUGUCAUGCUAAAGGACUUGUCAAACUUGUUUUGUUUUUCUUUUCUUUUCUUUUGGAGGGGGAGGGGGAUUGUUAUUACUUUGGUACAUUUCUGUCUAGUUAUCAUGCACUAAGAAAUCUUGACCUGGUUCUUAUAUCACUGAUUUUUUUUUUAACUAAAUUAAACUUUUAUCUUUACUAUCCAAAAACAUUUGAACUUUUACAGUAUAGAGCAAUGUUGAUAAUAGUUUCAGUGCAUCAGUUUCAAAGGUGCUGUUUUAUUAGGUGCCAUUUCAUACCGGUAACCUUUGAACUGUAACUGGAGACUAUUUGUUGAACCCCUUUCUGUCUAUUAUUUAUUUAUUUUCUUUAAGAUGAUUUAAAAUCUGUUAAGCCCAUACUGUAAUUGUGUAAUGGAUGGAAAAUGCUAACUGAAACACUGUAAAGAAAAUCAAGCAUUUUGAUUUCUUUCUACAUUUGUUUUUACUCACUCUUGACUCCAGCAUGUAAAAGUGUAAAAUCUCAGAUUAAGGUUGUCAAGCUACAAGCCAUGGAAAUGUUCUGAAUGUCAAACUCGUUGCAGGAUUAGGGUGGAGCUGAACAUUCAUAUACAGUGUCUCCUAAUUUUGUACAUGAAGGAACUGUUAAACUGAUGCAAUGUACGGAAUAUUUUAUACAUUAACUGCUAGAAUACUGCAAUUUCUUGUAAAUACUUUGAGAUGCUCAGCAUAGCAUAAUGCCUUAGUUGAUUCUCUCUGUGGUCUGUAACUGUACGGUUUAACAGAGUACCAUUCGUGUCACAGUGCUGAGUGAGCAAUUCACCACUUAAUUCAGCUGAUGAGGUAAUAGAUGAGCUGAGUGUUUUUUUUUUUUUUUUUUUUUAAUUAAAUAUCCCUGUGAGAUGUCAGGCUACAAGUCAACCUGACGAUCAACUCCUGGAAAUGAUGGUUAUAUCAGCAGGUGCAAAUUUUUCUAAUUUUGUCUGUAGUUACAGUGUUUUGACAUUCUCCCUGACUAACAUGUUUUGUUUUUGUUUUGUUUUCUAAAGGGGCAUUAAGUAUUGUUUUUUUUUUUUUCUUCUUUUCUUUUAAAAUUCCCAUUUAAGUGCGUUGAGAUAACAUCAUAGUUAGACAUGCAACAAGUGAUCCAGCUGAUGUUUUUUUUCCUACUGAUGUGGUAUUUUAUGCACAGAGAGCUUAAUAUUGAAAAUAUUGUAAAAGGAAGUUAGGUACUGGGUAUGUUUUAUUGAUGCUUGUCUUGAAUUCAGUGUUUUUACUAGAUUACUCCAAAAAGUUCAAGUUCAAGUAUUUCUGCAGUUACCCUUUUUUUUUAUUUGCAUCAUGUUAUCCAUCAUAUUUAGAAUUGGGGCUAUGUUUUUUACCUUGUGUAGACUACAACCCCAGUUUGGAGAGGAAACCAAAGAUGGUGGCACUAACAGCAAAGCACAUUUUAGCCAGCUAAAAAUAUCGGCAUCAGUCUAAGUAUGUGCUAUGUUUAGAGUAUUGUCACUGCUUUAUCUUGCUGUCUGAAGCUGUUGUAUGGCUCUCUCUGAAGCCAUCACACCCCCUCAGACAAAUGUAUUUAACCUUGAAAAAAAUUCUACAUUUUCUGACCCAGCACUGCAUCUUUCUCCUAGCUUGUGUUUUAUGACUUUGGUGUUUGAACAGGUCAGUUUAAUUCUGAACUACGUCUUUUAAACAGUUGUGUUUAAGCAUAGCCAUGCAUGAAAUUUGUUGAUUCUGUUAAUGUAAAUUGGGAAGUAUUUGUUCAAACAUGUGACUGUUUUACUGUUUUCUCUUUGAUGCGCAAAUAUUUAACAUGGAGGGUCAAUAUGAAGUCAUACAGAAGAAGGAAAUGUGACAAUGUAACCCUUUAAAUAAGAUAAAUGAAUUCACCUCUUUGGCCAAAAUGGAGAGAAUGCCGUCAGUUUUUCCUCUUUUUUUCAGCUAUAGUUUUUCCUCUUUUAUAUUUAAAGCUCAUAAAAUCUGAAAUCUCUGCUUUCAAGAUCAUACAGCUGAUACUGAUCUGCAUCCUAACCACUAAUAUGUUAUAGAAAUCAUACUUACUGCCCCUUUUAACAGCAUUUUCUCUUGGAUGAUGACACAACAAAACAUUAUGUGAAUUAUCUCUGCUUUUAAAAUGCAUUUGGCAUCCUGGAACCUGAUCUCAGAAUAAGAUGUCAAAGCAGAAAGAGAGUAUGGGGUUCAAAGAUCACUGUUUUAGUUUGAGAUAUGUUUUGUUCUUUAUUAUUUCAUUUGAAGUAUCCUAUGCUGUGAAGUUCAUAUUAAACAUCUCAGCAGUGACACGGUCCAGUACAGGCUGUUUAUUCAGAGUGUGGGUGUUUUAUUACACAGAUACUUACACACUAUGCAAACUGUCAACUCUAAUGUUGCUUCUGCCAAUGCUGCUUGUUAAUUUAUGAUUUAUGCGACUGUAAAUAAAUUAUUUUUAUUGAA